ACAUUACAACAUCAAGAAUAUUAAGCAACUGCAUGGUCCCAAUUCAUCCGCAUAGCGUUUGCUACCAUGACAACACCUAUCAUUUGAAAUAGGAUAUUGAAUUACUGGACCCAUUUCUUUCUAAGAGCGUCUCGAAUGUACGGUAUUUAUUGAUCUUUCUGUCAGAACUUCCAGUAAAAACCACUCGUUAUUAUUAGGCCCAAACUCGGGAGGGCGUUCAUUUAGUAAUUUUCUUGAUUAUACUUGUUCGAAAGAUAUGCUAACCGUAUCGUGAAACAUGACAGAAUUGCCACAGGAUAGCUUUUUGACCGAGCUAAAGGACGAAGACGACGAUGAAGCACAACAAUUACCACCCCCACCCAGUAACCAUGACAACGGACAGUUUGUUACUCCUGACCCGGAUCCUAAACUGUUAAAACAUCUGAGUGUGCUGUAUGAGGACUUAGAAGAGGGAGACGAUACUUCCUUCCCUAUCAACAGUCACCGGAGAGUACCAUCAGAGACAGGUUCAGAGUAUGAUACAGAUCUGGAAGACACAGAGUCGCCCAAGAGGACAGAGUACGACUCCUCGGGUAUAGGGGACUACCUCAAGAUUUGUGAAGAUAUGAACAUGAGACCAGUUUCACACUUCAUGAGACAAACAAAGAACCCCAGCUUGUCCCUGAGGUACCAAUCACUCGGCUGCAGGAAAACUGUCGCGAUUACUCAAGCUCUGACGAGUAAUACGUUUGUUGAGUGUUUGGACCUGAGUGACAAUGACAUAGGUUGUGAUGGAAUGGUAUCUAUAGCUCACAUGCUCACUGAGAACUACUUUAUAACCGAGCUCAGUCUGGAAGAUAACAAGAUAGGGUUGAGAGGAGUGGCGACCUUGUGUGAUGUGCUCUCGGAACACAGCUACGUAAAACAUCUCAACUUGGCUGGGAACGGGCUGAAUGACCCAACUGCUGGGGUGCUGGGGCAGAUGCUCAAAGUUAACUACACUUUAACUUGUCUCAAUGUCAGACAGAAUCAGUUCAGUUGUCUUGGAGCUAAAGCGAUAGCUGAAGCGUUACUUAGCAACGAUUCCUUGAACGAGCUAGACAUCAGCUGGAACAAGAUACGGUCGAGAGGAAGUGAAGCGAUAGGGAAGAUGGUAGCGACUAACACUGGCCUUAUCAGUCUUAACGUAUCUUUCAACGGUCUUGACGCCCUUGGUGCUGCAGCUUUCACGAAAGCAAUUAAGACUAAUUCACAGCUCGUCAACUUGGAUCUAAUAAACACGCGGAUACCAGGAUCUGAGUGUAAAGAACUAGGAAAAGCUCUAGCGCUCAAUACCACCCUCAAGAUUGUCAAACUGGGAAACAACCCGUUUAAAGAACCUGACAUAGAGCUUUUGUUCCACGGGUUGACCACUACUUCACUUUAUAUAAUUGGUCUCGAGGACAUACCUCUGAGUAAGGGAUUAUACGAAAGGCUACAAGAGUUUGAAAAAGAACAGAAGGUUGUUAUACACUACGGUAGAUCAGGAGGUAACCAACGAUCCAGACCAAUGACAAGUUCAGCACUCCGACUAGACGAGUUUAUCACGACAAAUCUCAGUAAGCUCGCCCCCCUGGUCCUUGCGAAAGAUAAGGAUAAAACGGGACAGCUGACAGUAUCAGAAUUUAAAGAAUGUUUGCAAGAAGCUGGUCUAAGACUGCGACAAAACGAACUAAACAGAUUAGUAGAUAAACUUAAUCUGAGAGAGGACCAGGUGCCACACAAGGAAAUACUGAUGGGAAAGAUUCCUUCUGUCUUGGAGCGCAUGAGAAAUUCUGCAAAACAAAAAAGAGUGAAAGUGAAUACUGAAGAAAAUGAGGAUUCAUUCUAAGGUCACCAAACAUGCAAAGGCACGAUCACUUAUGACAUGAGUAGAAUUGUUUAGUGAAAGGGUUUUUCUGCCCCAUUGAUAUCGGUGAGUGGUGACCACACAAGAAGGAUUAGAAGAGCGACGAUGAAGACGAAACGGGUGCAGUAAUUUGAUAAAAGGAAGACACCAAGGAGUGUAGCUGACUAGCUUAGUUCAGGGCAGACAAGAGAGAGUUUACAUUGGUAGUAGUUGACAGAGUUUCGGAUGGUCAUAACCAAGCAGAUAUUAUCAGAGAUGUGUUCAAAUUCCGACAUGAUAAAGCAGAGAUAUUCUGACUUUUAAACAUGGUUAUUUAUAAUUUAAGAUGUU